GAUUAAAGCGCGGGGAGGGGGGGGCGGAAUCACCGUCGGGCUUUCCUAGACCUGCCUCCCGCCCUCAGCUCCGUCACGUUCCUCGGCAGCAGCCUGAUAACGCAGUUUUAGUGCUUCUAGAAAACUGUUGAAGAUGGGAGGUGCAGUGAGUGCAGGAGAAGAUAAUGAUGAAUUAAUUGAUAACCUGAAGGAGGCACAAUACAUCCGGACAGAACUGGUAGAACAGGCGUUCCGAGCCAUUGAUCGAGCAGAUUACUACCUGGAAGAGUUCAAAGACAAUGCCUACAAGGACUUGGCGUGGAAGCAUGGAAACAUUCAUCUUUCAGCACCGUGCAUUUACUCUGAGGUGAUGGAAGCUUUGGAUCUGCAACCAGGGCUGUCGUUUUUGAAUCUUGGCAGUGGCACUGGUUAUCUGAGUUCUAUGGUUGGACUCAUCUUGGGUCCUUUUGGUGUUAACCAUGGUGUGGAGCUUCAUUCUGAUGUGAUCGAAUAUGCGAAGCAGAAAUUGGACUUCUUUAUUAAAACAAGUGACAGCUUUGACAAAUUUGAAUUUUGCGAGCCAUCUUUUGUUACUGGCAAUUGCUUGGAGAUUUCUCCGGACUGUACUCAGUAUGACCGUGUUUACUGUGGUGCUGGAGUACAGAAGGAACACGAAGACUACAUGAAGAACCUGUUGAAAGUUGGGGGAAUUCUUGUCAUGCCUUUAGAAGAGAAGUUGACUAAGAUAACUCGUACUGGUCCUUCUGCCUGGGAGACCAAGAAGAUUCUUGCUGUUUCUUUUGCUCCUUUGAUUCAGCCUAACCACGCAGAUUCAGGAAAAUCAAGGCUCGUUCACUUGCCCCCAGUGGCUGUUCGCAGCCUCCAGGAUCUGGCUCGCAUAGCCAUCCGAGGAACCAUUAAGAAAAUUAUACAUCAAGAAACAAUGAGCAAAAAUGGAAACGGGCUGAAGAACCCCCCAAAAUUUAAACGAAGACGUGUGCGUCGCCGCCGCAUGGAAACUAUUGUUUUCUUGGACAAAGAGGUCUUUGCUAGUCGUAUCUCCAACCCAUCGGAUGAUAACAACAACAGUGAGGAUCUCGAGGAUGAGAAACGGGAAGAGGAAGAAACUAAACCCUCUGAACUAAAGCCAGAUCCCCCUGUAAACUUUUUGAGAGAAAAGGUCUUGAGUCUGCCUUUGCCUGAUCCCUUGAAAUAUUACCUGCUUUAUUACAGGGAAAAGUAAUUUCCUUCUAGAAAGUGGGAAGUAGGCAGAAAAUAGAGUACCACUUAGGGCUUGACAAAUGUAUACCACUUGCUUGCCUGCUCAUCUGACCACCCAAGGCAGUAGGCUAGCUGGGGAAUGUGGCUGCUGUAUACUGAAACAUAGCUUUUUAAAGUUUGUUUUUUUCUUCAGUUGUGUGCUAUAGUUUUAUCCUACAGCAGGGAUUCCUUAGGAAGCAAGUUGGUGAAAUGCUCAGCUGCUUAUGGAAAGGAGGAUUUAAUUCCCUGAAACUAACUGCACAGAGAUAUCCUAAAAAUCUCGUGGCUGCUCUACUGAAUUGCAGUUUUUAAAUACUCUUAGGCAGCUCCCCACAGACCUUUGCUGCCUGUGCUCUCUCCCACUAAACCUGCCAUGUGUUUACCAUGGGGUGUGUUUAAUGGAGGAUGAAGAUUAUUACUGAAAACUGACCUGGCAAAUCUUGUUUCUUCCAGUAAUCUGAAAAAGCACAACUUUUACAGACACGAAAGGAAAGAAUUUUUGGCAUUUGGCCUUGUGGCAUCCAGGCUUUGAAUGAGAAGGAAAGCAUCAGUUCCCCUUUGGUUGGUCUCAGUUUUGCUUAUAAACUAGAUAUAACUUUUCAGUAAAAGGUAAAAAUGUUUUACAGAAUACUGGUUUUCCUAAAGGGAAACACCUGUUCCAGUGAAUUAGUCUAAUACAGAGGCAAAAUUUUUUCUUUUUUUUUUUUAGUGGCAGAGGUGAGUGAAGAGUUGCAGAGCUGAUUAGCUUUCACAGGAUGCUAGGGUAGUCAGGGUUGUGACUGGUGUCUCUGGAGACGUUUACAGAGUAAUUCUGAAUGGGGAACAGUAGAGAUGAGACCUGUAGCAGUGAGUUAGUAAAAACUGUGAAAGCAGAAUCUGUGGAUUUUGCUGUUGUGUGAGAGAACUUAAAACUGCUGGGCUGAACAGAGUGAAGUGCAGAGCAUGAGCCUGAGUGGAGCGGCUUGUGUCCCGGUAAUUCAGCCAAAGGUAGUUUUGUGGAGGUUAUGUAGAACCUGAAAACACUCUGGAAAGCCAAACUGAUACAGUUCUUGGGUGUUCCUGUGUGUGUGCCCCUGCUGUAGCAAGGUGGCUAGAAUACAACUGGUGUACACACAGUCCACGUAUGGUAGGUGAAUGAAGUUAAUUGACUUGAUAGGCUAUUUUAUUCCUGCAGCAAUUAAGUAGAUGUUUUAACAGGCUCGUGUAGAAGGACUUUACACUCUGCAGUUCUGUGGAUGUGAACUCUUAAUUUUUAUUCCCAAGUCUUCCUGUAGUGGUGAUGGAAGGAGGAACCAUGUUUAGAAGGGGAAGUUUACUUGGUUCAGCCUUUUUGAAAAAAUCUACCUGAACUUGUAAAGGCUGGAAAGAAACCCUGGAGCUUGUACUGAUGUGAAAUACUUCUGAAGCUGGGGGUGGUGUGAAAAAACCCCUCUCAGUAGGUAAUGAAGCUAUGUUAAGGCAUUGCCCCAUAAGAAGCACUUAAGUUGUUGCCACUUUUUUGCUUUUUUUUUAUUCUGUCCCCUCAUUUUCUGAGGGGGAAUGAAUGAAGACUGUCUUGCCAAAAAUACACUGGGUUUUUGGGGAAGAGGAGGCUCCAGGGAGACCUUAGAGCAGCCUUCUGGUACCUGCAGGGGACCUACAAGAAAGCUGGGGAGGGACAUUUUACAGGUACAUGUAGUGAUAGGACAAGGGGGUAAUGCCUUGAAACUGAAAGAGGGUAGAUCUAGUUUAGAUACAAGGAAGAAAUUC